AUGAGUGAAAAGACAACGCUUCCCAACAACACUGCAGCUCCACCUUCUCCAACUGCCUCGACAACAUCAUCACAGGCAGCAUCCUCUUCCAAUAAUCAUCAAAUGUCUGCAAAGGAAGCAUCAAAAGCUGAAUUGAGAAAUACAAAAUUAAAAUUCAAACAGGAAGAAGCAGAAAAGAAAAAAGCAUUGGAAGUUAUUGAAAACUCACGAUUAUUCCGAAGUAGAAGAACAAUUAAUAUCAUCAGAAGUAUUCCACAAAAUUGGAAGGAACGAACAUGGAGACAAAAAUUAUAUCUUAUUCUGGAGCAUCCACGAUCAUCUUAUAUUGCCAUGAUCGUUACAAUUAUUACAUCAUUACUAACUGUCAUUCAAACUUUAUGUUUGGUGCUGAGAUCAUUUCCAUUUUUCUUUCCUUUUGAAGUCAUGUGGCUCUCAAUUACUGGCUUUUUAUCACUGUGCUUUAUGACUGAAUACUUUUUAAGAAUGGCAGCCUAUGUAAGAACUUGGGGAGAUUUUAGACAUUUUGUUAAAGCUCCAGCUAACUUGAUUGAUGUUGCCAGUUUUGUACCAUUCUAUUUUGAUUUAAUAAUUUAUUUGAGUGACAGCAGCUCGUGGAUUAAUAUCAAUUUACAAGUAUUGACUGUAUUUAGAGUAUUGAAAUUAUUGAGACUCAUCAAGUUGACAAGAUAUUCAGCAAAAUUCCAGUUACUGAUCGUUUCUUUGAGAAGAUCAUUGGAUAUGCUGUUAUCUCUUGCUGUUCUUGUUUUUAUGGGAGCUUUGAUUUGUAGUACAUUAGUAUAUUAUGCAGAACGUGGAAAAUACGAUCUCAAAUCAGGACAAUGGCUCCGACCAGAUGGGACAUCAUCUCCCUUCUCUAACAUUCUCAUUUGUAUGUGGUACAGUAUUGUCACAAUUGCCACAGUGGGCUAUGGAGACAUGGCUCCUAUUACUCCACUCGGAAGAAUUAUUGCAAUUCUUACAAUUUUGUCAGGUGUAAUUAUUGUUGCCUUACCUUCAAUGGUUGUUGGAGGUAUUUACAGCAAGUUAUUAGGAGAGUACGACUUGAUGGUCAGCAAGAGAAAGUUGGAAGGAGACAAUAACAUUGAGGAUGAAGAAUUUGACGUCAUUGACAACCUGAUGAUGCCCAAUGGAGAGUCAUCGAAUGAAACGAACAACAAUGGAGAGACUGAAUUGUUGUCAUUUGAUGAACACCCAAUUCAACAACAACAACAACAACAACCAACUAUUACAUCUUCCACAGCAACAGUAACAAAUCCUGACUCAACAGUUGUGGAGUUUACAAACACUAAUGCUAGUAGUGACGGCGUUUCAUUUCACCCUCCAAAUGUCGUCAAUUCUCACAUACAACAGGUGAAUCCUUUUCUCGCUUCAUUCAAUCCGUUCGUCCAUGAUGCACGUGAUUUAUCAAUUUCUGCAGUGAUGGACAGACAAGAAAGUAUUAUCAAAUCAUGUGCCAAACAGUUGAACGAAAUGAAGAAAUUGGCUCAAGAGGUAAAGAAUAAGAGAUCUCAAGCAAUAAAUUAA